UCGCUUCUGUCUGUAGCCCGCAUCUUCAGAUUCAUCCCGUGCUAGUCGAGACAGUGUCGUGCCAGUCCGCUCCGCUGCGUACUAUUGUGUUCUGUGCGCUCGCGCUCCCGCUAGGUGUGUACACCCGCUCGCUCUGACUUUCUUCUACGAGAUGAGUCGAGGGAGUAAGGUGUUGUAGAGGCCCAGGAUGCAGGACACAACCCCUUGUGAACUGGACACCUCCCCCGCCCAUGCUCCUCCCACCAUCCCCACCACAGCUACUAAACACGAAAUGGCUACAAAUCCAGUGCAAAGCCCUUCCCCAGCUGUGAAGGAGUCAGCAGAGGAUGCUGUUCCAACCAAUGCCAAAGACGACAACCAAGCCAAAGACAACAGCAGCAUUUCCGAACAGAAGUCAGAAGACCCGAGUGCAGACAGCUGUACAAACACACAAAAUCUAGUCGAAAAUAGCCCUGAUUACGAGGUUGAGCGAGAGGAAGUGAGCAGCAAGGAGGACACCCAUUACACUUGUCCCAUCUGUGACACGGUCGUGUUCUCUUCUCAUGACUUCACCAUACACAUCCGCUCCCAUAAUUUCCUCUCAGAGGAGCUCCAGUAUCUCUCGUCUGGAAAAGGAUUCGCCUGUCAAGUUUGUGGCAAGGUGCUGAGUUCUGCAAGUUCUCUGGAUCGUCACAUGUUGGUGCAUUCUGGAGAGCGUCCGUUUCAGUGCAAAAUCUGUGGCAUUUCAUUCACCACCAACGGCAACAUGCACCGCCACAUGCGCACACAUGCCUCCAGUGAGAAUGGUGAUAGCUUUAGCUAUGAGAGUGAUGCUAGCUCUGACAGUCCAGGCUCACCCAAAGCUCCCUCUCCUGCCCUAAUAAACGUGAAGAGAAGACGAGUUUCCAGAACAACAUCAGAAUUCAAUAACAAUAUCAUAACACUUUCGCCUCCUUCGAGUCAAGAGACAAACAAGAGGAAGUCUGAUUCUGAAGAUUACAUCUCCACAAGGAAAAAGAAAUGCGACAAGAAAUUUCUAACAGAAAAAUUUGACUGCGUCUUGUGUGAUAAAACUGGCUUUCUCUCCUCGAAUCUCCUUGAGACCCACAUCGAAGAAUGUCAUCCAGACUACAAAGCAAAGUGUGAUCCCUGUAAUCUUGUUUUUAAGAGUCAUCGAGUAUUGAAUCUACAUCGAUACAUGGUCCAUUAUGCAGAAGUGAAGAAGCACUCUUUGGCAAAUACAAAACAGGAAACUAUUGGAUUUAAAGAUUUGACAUUUGUUGAUUUUUCAAGUGAAAAGUUUCCUCACAUUGCCAGAGCAAUGUGUGAGCAGAGUGUGCACCAUGCUAGCAGCCUGUAUCACAGAUUCCAGUGUGACAAAUGUGGUCGAGCAUUUCCAUGUGGAUCUGCCCUCAGUAUCCACCGUCAAGACUGUGGGCAGGAGAACUACGCAUCAUCUGGGGAGAGCUGCCAUCAGGACAAUGACUUGUCCUCUAGUGACAAUGACACUCCAACUGAUCUUAGCAGUGGAGACAAGAGAAUGUCUUGGGGCAAAACUAAGGUCUCUGACAGCUCUGAUGAAAUUGAAGAUGAACACAGAAGAUACAAUUUCUUUGCAUGUCUCGAUUUACAGAACAAGUCAGUAACAAAUGUCCAAAAUCAUGAUAAUUCUCCUGGAAAUGAGAAGUUCAAAAGAGAAUCUUAUUACAAACAUAAUAAUACAGAGGGCAGGGAUCUCGCAGAUAUCCAGAGCAUUAUCUCAGUUACAUCAGCUGGAGGCCUUAUACAUGACUUGUCCAAGUCGCCUCAGCCCACAGUGCUAGAAGUCACCCCUCCAGACUCAGGCUCACGAAUUGGAGUCUAUGACUCUGCUGUGAAUGAUGAGGAACAACAGGAUUGUUUUGCUGCAGAGUUCAGGAAAAUGAAGUUGCGAGGGGAAUUCCCAUGUCGGCUUUGCAGUGCCAUAUUUCCAAACUUAAGAGCUUUGAAAGGCCAUAAUCGAGUACAUUUAUCAAGUAGUAGUGGUCAUAACUCUGCCCCCUACAGGUGCAAUAUGUGUCCACACUUCAGUUCUGACAAAUCUGCUCUAAUUAGACACAUGCGUACACAUAAUGGUGAUAGACCCUAUGAAUGUGCUCUGUGUCAUUAUGCUUUCACCACAAAAGCCAACUGUGAACGUCAUUUGAGAAACAGACAUGCAAAAAUGACCCGAGAAGAAGUUAAGAAGUCUAUAAUUUAUCAUCCAUCAGAAGAUCCUACUAAUGAAAUUGAACACAAACCAAAUCGAGAUGAUGUUAAGCGCUCCUUAUUUUCUGAGAAAGAUACACCAAAACAUAUUGAAAAUAAGGAGAGCAUUAAAACAGUAGAGAGAUUACCAAAUUUCAUUAAACAUACUGGAGAAAAGAACUUAAGUUCUUUUGAGACAGUUCACCAACAAAAACCACCAUCUGCAUUUAUACAAGUACAAAAGAUGACUUAUGGCCAACAGUUUGGUGGAAUAGACAAUGGGCAGAGAAAAUGUUUAGAUGUAGGCACAAUGACUUAUGAAGAUACUGAAUCAGACCAUGCAACUGACACUCCUGUUAAAAUGGAAAUUGAGCGUGAUGUACCAUUGGACCUCUCCAUGGAUGUAUUAGACUUAAGUAAAAAGAAAAACAGUACACCAGAAAAAAUUAAAGAUAAAGAAUUGAGAGACAAGCUUGAGGAGGCUGGACCUCAAGAUCUUUCAAAAAGAUCAAACUCUGCUUUCGAAAAUAACAACUACCCACUCAGUAUUGAAACCGCAGAGAGACCAAAAUUAUCUUCAAAUCUGCCUCCCAAUUAUCCUCAAGAACUACAGAUUUCUACUCCUUCUCCGCAUCAUUCUUUUGAAAGAGAAAGUCCUGUUCCUCCCAAUCCAGCUAUGAUACCAAAAAUAGAUCUUUCUAAAUUUUAUAGUCCAAGUGCCCACCCUUUCUACUUGAACAAUGCUUCCACAUUUCCACCAUUCAGUACUACUGCAUCUUUACCCCAAGGUCCUUACUCACCUUACUUUAUUCCUCCACCUCCACCUGUUUUAUUCCCAACAAAUACUAACCAAGACUUUGUUGAGAUGAAAGAAAGGCUUCAGAAAGAGCUGAUUCGAGGUUUGCAGCUAACUUCUGGAGGAUCUCUUGUUUUGGAUCAGAUUGCCAUGGCUGAUAGAAUUCAAGCACUUCAUCAACAAGCAAUGGCUGAAUUUAAAUGGCAGAUGGAAAACAACAAAGAAGAAAGAAAGUCUUUCUCCCCUUCAUUGAACAAAGAUGUUAAGCAAUUAGUUCAUGUAGAAAAUGAAAAAGAAGUCAGGAACCAAGAGAUACACCAACCAACAGUGCCUGAAAAGCUAGCACCACCUAAACCAAAACAAGACACAUCAGCUUCAGUCAAAAUGGUAAUUAAGAAUGGUGUUCUUAUUCCAAAACAAAAACAGAGAAGAUAUCGUACUGAAAGACCUUUUUCAUGUGAACAUUGUUCAGCAAGAUUCACUCUAAGGUCCAAUAUGGAAAGACAUAUCAAACAACAGCAUCCACAAUUUUGGACUCAAAGGCAAAGGAAUGCAGCAAAUUUGCCAGUGAGGAGAAAUCACUCCUUGUCUUCUAAAGUACCUCAGUCUCUGCUUAACCAUGGGCAGUUUUACUCUCACAACGGAUUACCAGGAUAUAAUGUAAAAUCAGAGGAUGAAGUAUCUAGAUCAUCUGCUUCAAAUGAUCAUGCUGUAACUGAUAAGUUAGGUGUUGCCUCAGAAAAUAAAAUCUGCAUAUCUGAAGAAGUUAAACAUGCCAUAGCACAACAGUUAAAAUCAAAACAUACUUCAAAUGAUAGCAAUGAGGAUGAUAAUGACGAUGAUCUCAUGGAUGAAGAAGAAGAUGAGGAUUUAAUCAUAGAUGAAGAAGCUAGAGAUGAAGAAAUAAGUCAAGCUGAAAAUAAUAAAAAACUUGAAGAAGAAAUAACAUUGCGAAAAAAGUUAUCAAUGAAAGAAGAAAACCAAGACCUUGCUAGUGUUUCUCGUCUGCUAGACAAUGCAUCAACACAAACAUUCCGUCAGUACUUCCAUUCUGAUGAAGAUCAUCCAGGAGGAGAAGGAAGUGAAGAAGAUGAAGAAGGCCUGGUGGCAGCAGGCAGUGCUAGUGAAGGCUGCAAUUCUGGCAGUGAUGAGAACCGGUCUGAAUCCGAGAAUAAUAGUGGACCGAGCACAACAGUGGUCAAAAAGAAGAGUGCUUACUCACUAGCCCCUAACAGAGUGUCCUGUCCGUACUGCUUCCGCAAGUUCCCAUGGUCAUCGUCACUUCGUCGUCACGUCCUCACCCACACCGGCCAGAAACCUUACAAAUGUUCCUUCUGUCCCUUGUUGUUUACAACCAAGAGCAACUGUGACCGUCACCUGCUGAGAAAGCAUGGGGGUGGCACCCCUGCAUCAGUGGACAAUCAACCUACUGCCCCAGUUGGCAGUGACUCCUCCGCAGCCCCUAACUACACUAUGAGGAAUGUUCCUGAAAGGCCCUACAAGUGUAAAAGCUGCCCCAGCUCAACAUUCUCCACACUGAGCAAUCUAAAGAAACAUCUUUCAACAAAACAUCAGAACUGCAGGAGUGAAGGAACGCAAAGUGGGUAUGAAAGCCAAGGCAGUGUCAGCGAGGAAAUAGAAGUCGUGGAUAACGAGCAAUGUAAAAACGAACGAGAGGUAGAAAAGGAAAAAAGAAUCCCCAUUGAUCCCAGAGAAAUACAUCCAGGUCAUUCUUCAGAAAGUGGUCAGUUUUAUAAGUCACAUCCUACCCUUGUGGACCGGAACCUAACGACAGCCUCACAGCCAUCAGAUUUACCUUUCAAAUGUCACCUCUGUGAAGGGAGUUUUGGAGAAAGGCAGGAGGCACUGGAUCAUAUCCGAGACCGCCACUAUGAUGAUUUCCAGCUUUUGGUGUCCAAGGGAGCUUUGGAGGCUUCUGUUGAAGAUAUUCCAGGCCCAGAGGAGGGUGGGGAGGAAAGCCUAGAACAGCUUCGUGGAAAAUUCCCUGACUAUGCUAAUAGAAAGGUGAUGUGUGCCUUCUGUCUACGCCGUUUCUGGUCUGCUGAAGACUUGCGACGUCACAUGCGUACCCACACAGGCGAGCGACCUUUCUCCUGUGACAUCUGCCGCCGCCGCUUUACACUUAAGCACAGCAUGCUUCGCCACCGCAAGAAGCACAACGGUGCUGCACCCGAAGAGACUUCCCCUGCCAGCGAUGACGAUGCAGGUCACACGACCAAUCAUAACAACAACAAUGUCAAGCCAUGGCUCGCCAAACGAACAGAGGACGAGUCAGAUCUCAUCAGCAACCUGCUUGGUAUUCAGGACAAAACAAUCGUUGACAAAAUGCUUUUGUCAAAGUCAGCUGAUGACGCAGCGAAACUGCUAGGUGUUCAGAAAUAAGGAACUCUGUUUACGUGUAACAUUUAAGUUAGCAAGAACUCAAUUAAGAAUCUCAACAAAUUCUUAGCAAAUGUCAUAAAUAAAGAUGAGCCUGUACUCAUUGACAUCAGAAAGUAUUCUUGUUUCAAAUUCAAGUAUUAUUAAUAGUAGGAUUCUUUCUUUCCAGGAUUUUAUUGAAAACAUUUUUUUCAUGCCAUUUUUUUAAUGUAUUUUAUUUUUAAAUAAGCUAGUCAAAAUUCACGAUACUCCCGUGCUUUAUGGUUUAGUAUUAAAUAUAGGUGGUUAUGUCAAUGGGACAAAAUGUGCCGUUGUAUAUAGUAGCUUGCUUUGUAUCUCCAUGUCCUUUCCAGUUGAAGAUUCAUCAUUUAUUCAUUUUAUUGUUGUAUGUGCCUUAAAAAAUUAUUUGAGUGGGAAAUAUUUUAAUUUGUACAAUUUAUAUUCCUGUGAUAUGAUAAGCAAAUAAAGGUAGUUAAUUGUAUUAAACUUUGAAUAUAACAUUAAACUAUAUUUUUAGUGUUUUAUGUAUACAGGUAAAGAGCAAUCUGUGUGGUAAAUGCAAGCAAUAAUAUUGUUUGUAUGGUUGAAUCUUUCCAUUUGGCAUUAUUAUCAAGAGAAAAAAAAAUAUAAUUAAAACUUUGGAGCUGUAUUAAAAAUUAAUAAUUGUUUUUACAAUAGACAAUGAAUAUAUUAUAACAAAACUCUGUCAGUGUUUGUAUAUUUAUAAAAACACAUUUAAUAAAGCAGUACUUUCACAGUUUCCAGGUUAUUUUCUUUAUUUAAAUGAGUUUUAAAAUGUACUAUUUAAAACUACAUGUGCUUUAGGAUCAAUAUAGAUCCAUACAAACAAAUUACAGUUGAACAAUAAUAAUUUGUUGUGACAUAUUCAUUGUCUUAUUAAAAUAUUUUAUUGAUGUUAUACUCUCAAGCAUUCAUUUGAAGCUGUGCUUUUUUGAGCUUUUAAUUUGAUGUAUUUUGUUGAUUGCCAGAGUGCUUUGUUUCUGAUAAAACUUCAAAGCGUAAUGACAAAUAAUCCGUAAGAUAUCUCAGGCAUAAACAUAAUGCAAGUUGAAAAUAUUUCACCCGACAAUUUAAAAUCCAGUAGGAAAUUUCUGAGACACUAGGCAAUGAUUUUAGUUCACAAUUAGAACCACUAUACUACUAUAAAAUCGUUGCCUGAGGUGGAUGUAAGGGAUUAUGGAUGAAUCUGAGUAUGAUAAAUGAUAUUAAUCCUCAAAAUAUUAGAUACAAUCUAAACUAUAAGGAGCACCACAGUGUUGUGAAUUUGUUACUGAGAGAAAGUUUUGAUACAAAGAGUAAAAACUCGUUGGGCAAAUUAAUAUUUUUACAACUUAAGAUAUUUGUUACAUUUUACCACUUUGGCAAUCAGUGAAAUUACAUCAUUAACAUUUCUAUUGUACAAUUACUAUCAGAUCUAUUUGUUAUUUUCAGAAUUUUUAUCUGUUGAUUUGAAAUAAUUGACCAUGGCUAUAACUGUUUUUCUAUAGAAGUUAUAUGCAAUAUGUUUAAACAGCUUAUAGAUCUUUAAUUAAGCCUCUGUGAGGUUUACUCAUUAUUAGUUGUUUUAAAGGAUUCGUUAAAAUAAAAAUUUAUUAUAUGAGAACCAAGUGAUACAAAUGUAAUUCUUUAAAAAGUUUAUUGAAAAUGAUUAUUAUUAUCAGGAAAGUUAAAAUGCGAUAUAACUUUGGCUAAUAUUAAUAUUUUUUUGUUUCUUUACUUAAAAUCUGAAAUUUAUAGGGAAUUUAUGUAGUUAGUUAAUUUGAAUAAAUAACUUUCUCCCAUAUGGUUCCAUAACAACAUGAAGAGUUGUAUGAUCUUUACAAGAGCAAGGCUGACUUGUAGAUAUAUGUAAAACACUCUUCACAGAUGAAACUUUGGUCUGUAGCAGUGGUUUUAAUACCUUUUGCAAAAAUCUUGACAAAAUCUAGUAAAUUUAAAUGCUUUUACUACAUAUACUUGCAACGUUUUAUGUAUAAUUCUAGAAAUACAAGAGUUGUAAAUCACUGUUGGAUUUCGGGUAUAAGUAAUAUGUGUCAUUUAAACAGUACCAGGAUAACACUAAAGGCAGUUGUAGCUGAAAUUAAUAUUUGACAAUUGUUAUUUUAUAACAGUUCUGUUAAUAAUAAGCACAAAAAGGAGAACAUUUUAUUAUCUGAAAAGCAAUAUGUGAUGUUUUGAUAAGCAUGAACAAAGAAGGUUUAGGUACAAUAUCCAAGAGAAUUGAGAAAAACUUACUUUUAAAGAACAAAAAUUUUUCUUAUUGGCAUAUUUUCUUAUUGAAAAAAAAUAAACUUCAAUAUUUUGAGAAGUCAAUAGUCUGUACAUUUACUUCUCGUGUAGAAUUCAUAUGCCUUAUCUGACUGCUGUAUUUUCCAAGCUUUUGUUAAUGUAUGUCCUUAACUUAUAAUUUAUUAAUCCUUGGACUUUACCUUUAAUAUUUUUUCUCUGAAUCUGAUGGAGGAGGGAUAUCUUUAACUCAGGAGGAAAGUGUUUGCUGACAUAAAUAAAUAUGUACAGUACAUGAAAGAAUUGUUUUAACUUGAAGAAUAUUCCUUGUAGUCUUGGUGAAAUAGUUUCUGAAAUUCUAUUGGUACUACAGACCUGUGGUAGUUUAUGAAUACAGCCAAAAGCAUGAUUUAAAACCAAAACAAAAUAAUCCAGAUAGAAAUUAUUUUUGUAUAAUGUCUUGAUUUCAGUUAAAAGUUCUCUGAGUUUAUCAAGUUUACAGACAGGCUACAUUGGCAUAUGAAGGUCAUCACCCAUUAUUCUAAUUUCCAAAAUGAUAUGGGAGAAAGUUAGUUCCACUUUAUUCUUAUGUUUUAUUUCACUUAAAAUUUACUAAAAAACAAAUUUUACAUUAAUACAUUUUCAGCAGUAUUUAAUUUAUUUGAUGUAUGGUUGUGUUUGUUAGAUUAGUCAUCAGUCUAGUAUUUUCUUAUUGACCAUUCCAAAGAUUUAAUUUUAAGGUCUGUACAUAGCUAUAUUUGCAAUAAAAUAUAUUUAUUAAGUAUGUAAAUAAGAGGUUGUAUACUUUCCGAGAGAUGAGGUUUACUUUUGCUGUUGCUCUCAUCCACUUUUCACCUUUGUUUCUAAAGUUUAUAUUUUUUCUGUUACUUUAUGCUCUUGAGAAUCUUAUUAAAUGUGAUUUCCAUUA